AUGGACAAGGCGAGCGAAAGAUUCGGCAGCGAUAGUGCCACCAGAAAAGAGAUGUACGUCUGCUGCUUGCUGAGAUAUCGACCGGGAAGACAAACCAGCCAGAGAAUGCCCGACAAGGAGACAGCAAUGGUUUGCAAGCAGUGGCGGAUGGAAGUGAAAUCAAACCAUGAUCGUCCAAAAGUCCUCUCCGUAACCUCCCCGGCCGCCAUGCAUAACCAGCGCAGGGUCCGGAUGGACCGCCGCGUCAAAAAAGAGCAUCCAUCUGCCCGAAAUCUGUUCAACCCUGUGCCCAUGGAUGCUGGUCUCCCCGAGGGGAGUCCAGCUACUGCCUAUGCUAUUCAUACACAGUUGAUUGGCAGAAAUGGGGCCGGCGUCGACCAAACGCUCCUGAACACUCAAUGGCAGCUGCAGUCAGCAGAAGUUCGACAACAUCGUGACCAUUGGCUGAUACCAAAUGUAGUGUGCAGCCUGCUUCUCGAGCAGAAGCUUCGCCUUCAAUUAAAUUUCUUGGCACCUGCCGUUAAUUCACGCACCCAUCACAUCGACGCGGCUCGCGAUAAGACCGGAGGACCAAGCGAGAAGGCAAAAGGCGAGCUGAAGAACAUCCGCAUCGGAGCUGAGACGACGAAUUAUGAUAAGUCAGAGCGACCGAUGAUGCAGCCCAGAACGCAGGAAGGCCAGAAACCCCACGGAGACAGCGUUCGCUCGAGGCAGCAAUCAGAAAAACAACAGCAGGAGGUGACGGCGCUUAUUGCUGCGUUGCAGCUGCUAUUCAAAGUCAGCGAUAUCACGACACUCGUCUCCGUGGCGCUGGUGGUCAUCAAGACUGUCGCUGGCACCUGGUCUGCCACCGUCCUCUGGGGCUGCGCCCGCUAUAUGCUAUCCAAAGAGCCUACUAGCCUGACGCUCGAGCGCGUGUCGUCUAUGCUUCGGUGGAAGCUGCUACUGGGAGUCGAAAUUCGCCGAGACAGCUUGAUGAUAUCGCUUCUCACUAUCGUUAUCUUCAUCCAAGCCUUCACGGGCCCUCUCUUGACUGGUUCCGUGAACUGGACGUCGGGGUCUCGGCUCUCCGUUAACGCAGUUUCUGCUACCACCCCCGGUCCGGGUAGUCUCGGCGCCUGGUAUUGGUAUAACGCCCAAGGAUCUUUUGACAAGAGACCACAUCUCAGGACCGGCGUUGGGUUGGCUGGUCUUGCUUGGGCGGAUCCUUCUACCAUGGACGCACACGGCAGGUCGGUAACUGGAAACGGAUGCCGCCAUAUCAUGAAUGACGACGGUCUGCUCCCUGACUCGGUGGUCGUGAAUGUUCUUAUGCCGUGCAUAGAUAUUCACGGGAUACAUUGGUACCGUUCCGCGGACGAGAUGGGCGCAGAAGAGUGGGACGAGCUCAAUGGCGGGGACUUGUCAUUAGUGAAUGACGACCCCUUUUUCUACUACACGUCUGGAGUCAGCUUUGUCUACAACGGAUCAGACAUACGUUCUGCUCCUAGCAACUGGGAGCAGCCGCCGCCACCGUACAGGUUUUCGGGCAACAAGACGGUCGUAGUGUUGCUGGAUCGCCAUGAGGCUACAGACCCUCCGUGUAGGGAGCUGACGAACACCAUAUUCGGCGACAUGGACGCGCUGCCCUAUUACAAGCCACGAGCUAGAGCUACUGGCUCGAGCGAGAACUGCUUCCUGAUCGGACGAGUUAGCUUCACCGCGGGCGUGACGACGAGUCGUCGUGCAAGGUAUAUCAACGGACGCGUCAUUGAAGACCAGACUCCGAUCGAAGAGGUCGAGUUCGCGCCGGACCCGUGGGUCCGCGAGGCCAUCUGGCUGCUGCCAGACAUGAUGACCAUGAUCGCCAUCACCAAUGCGUCUCAGCUGCCUUCGCACGACAACAUCGAUUACCACACCCACGGCCUGCUCCGCCAGAGCUACCUGGGCGCAUGGAGCGUGCUCAGCCGCAACUUCAAUGAAACCCAGGGCGAGUUCAGAGCGUUUCCCGCAGGCCCGAGGCUUGUCGCUGUAGUCAGCUUCGCACGAGUUUUCUCUUGGCUCGCUUUGUGCUUACUGAUGACGGUCUCCGGUGCUUUGGUCCUAGGAUUCUUUCUUCGCGAGAAGCAUUUGGCCCGACUGGAGGAUUCGGAACUCAGUAACAUGGUGGCUCAACUACUCCGUAGCGCGGACGUCGAAGAAUAUCCCGAUAAGCGUGCGGCUUAA